AUCCCAGCUCAAGAGGAGGCAGAGGAGACCAUUGUAGAGGAGACAUAUGGGAUUUUGGCCCCUUCUACUUUUGAGCUUACUCCUAGUAGUGUUAUGACAUCUAAUCCUCCUGGUGAGGUCUUGGCUCAAGAGCUUCCUGCUUCUCUAAUCAUUCCUGCGGCUCCUGCCUUAGGGAUCACUUCUAUACCUGUUAUAGCUGAGCUCCCUUUUGUCCCUUCUGUUGCCCCUGCUACCAGUUCUUUCUCUGCUGAGCUUGUGAACAAAGCUCUAAAUCCACCAAUAGCCGGAGCUGAGGUUCCUGCUUCUGUCUCCUUGAGACUUCUCCUGCUUCAGGAUCUUUGGGAGCUUCAACUAUUAAGCUUCCAAGCUCUUCACCUACCCUUGUUGCUAGGACUUUAG